UUGAAGGGAUUAAAAAGAGAGGAGUGCAGGGAGUUACAUCUCUCUGUCUCCCUCUCCUUCCAUUAAAAUUAAUAACCCAAACACCAUAAGAAAUCCUUCCCUUCGACUCCCUCCCUGCCCUUCAACUUCCUCAAUCCAAACUAAGGGAUAAAGUUCAUCCUUUUGAAUUGUUUCUCUCCCAAUUCAAUCUUAAUCCCAAACCACUCACUAAAAAGACUUAUUUUGGAGCUUACAUGGAGAAAAGCCACGAAUUUGUUUUGACCCAGAUGAGGAAAUCAGUUGAGAAACUAGGUGUUUCCACUGAGAAUUAUGGGGACCCAACACUCACUAGGUUCUUGAAUGCAAGAUCAAUGGAUCCAGAAAAGGCAGCAAAGAUGUUUGUCCAGUGGCACAACUGGAGGUCUACCAUAGUUCCUAACGGGUUCAUUGCGGAUUCGGAAGUAUCUGAUGAAUUGCAGCACAGAAAGAUUUUUCUGCAAGGUUUAUCAAAGAAGGGAUACCCAGUGAUGCUUGUGAAGGCCUGCAAGCACUUCCCUUCAAAGGAUCAUCUCCAAUUCAAGAAGUUUGUGGUUCAUUUGCUAGACAAAACAAUAGCAAGCUCCUUCAAAGGAAAAGAAAUAGGGAAUGAAAAGCUGAUUGGCAUUCUUGAUCUUCAACACAUCACAUACAAAAAUGUUGACGCUCGUGGAUUAAUAACAGGAUUUCAAUUCUUACAGGCCUACUACCCUGAACGUUUAGCGAAGUGUUAUCUUUUACAAAUGCCACGUUUUUUCGUUGCUGUUUGGAGGAUGGUUUCUCACUUCCUUGAGAAGGCAACAUUAGAGAAGAUUGUGAUUGUAAGCAACGAAGAUGAACACACAGAUUUUAUACAAGAAAUUGGUGAACAAGCCUUGCCGGAAGAAUAUGGGGGUCAGGCAAAGCUGACUGCCUUGCAGGAUGUUAUACUGCCCCAAUUGGAAGGUUGAUGGUGGAAAUGGGUCAAAGCCAGCUCCAGUUGCAAGACAAGGUUAGUAGUGAAGCAGCUGCAACAAUCUAAUUCAUCCGAACGUGUGAAAGAAUAGCAGUCACUAUGUAAUAAUUUGAAAUUGAAAUUGACUUCUCAAUCACUUCAUGAAAUUAUUAUUAUUAUUAUUAACAUCUUAUUAUAUUAUAAAAAGAAUUUUCUAAC